CUUGCCAACAUGGACCCUGCGACGCCGGCGAACGUAGCAAAAGGCGCAGCCAUAACAUCCAUAGUGUCGGGAACGUUCACUGCAGUCCAUGCUCUGUACCGCGGGUCGAGUCACCCAACACCCCUCGCGUUGUCCGCAGCUGUCAAUGGAGGAAUAGCGGGAACACUCUUCUUCAGCAUACGUGAAGCUGCUAUCCGUCCUCUACUCCGGCGUUCAGGACACUCCGCCCACACCACCCCGGACACGUCUUCACAACCCUCGUGGUCGCAUUUGCGGAUGCACGAUGUUCCCGAGACUAUCAUCAGUAGCGCGUUGACGGGAGGUAUCAUCAACGCCUGGCGACGUGGUUCUGCUGGAAUAUGGGCCGAUGCGCGCACCGCAGCUGUCAUCUGUACCGUUCUACAAUUUGGCUUCAACGAGCUGAGCGUGAUGAGGGUCAAGUUUGUCUCUCGCCAAAUGCAAGAGUCGCAGCCACGACUAGAGAUAGUCCCGUCACCCUCAGACACCCCGGAGGAGCCACGAACGUCUCUCUUUGAUCGUCUGAUGGCUGUCAUAGGCUUCAGGAAGCUGACGGACGAGGAAUACAUGAAGGCUUUGAAGAGACAGCGAGACGCAGCUUUGGAACGAAUAGCUGUACUGGAGCACGAGCGGAGGGAAAAGGAGCGUAGCGAAGCCGACGGGGCGGCAUAGCUAUCGGCUUCCCUACAUCCCCUCAAAACAUUUGGCUACCAAUGCAGUAGUCAGUAGGUCUACACACUAGUAAUUCAUCUCAAUGUCGCUACACACAUCUCCAAUUCUACCAGC